UAGCUGGUGGGGAUCAGGACUGUCUGCAGGAUGUGCUGCCCGGUGACGAGGUGCGGAGGGCAGGGAUGCUCUGGAUGUGGCACCUGCCCGCUGAUGACGUCGUGCUGUGCCCAGGGAGACUCGUGUUCGUGUCCACGACGGCCCCAGGUAGACUCAUGCUCGUGUCCACGGCGGCCCCUGGAGCCGCUGAGGCCGGCCGAGAAGCCCUACUGCUGCCCGGUGCAGUCGUGCAGGCUGUGCGCCCGCGAUCCGGACCAGGAGUGCAAGUGCAGCUGUGUCCGCAACAAGAACAUCGUCGAGGCGCUGGCCUGCCUGUUCCGGGUGACCAAGUACCAUCUGAUAACGACGCUCUUCCAGCUGGCCUACCACGAGAGCCAGCCGCUACCAAGGUACUCCCGCGACCGCGAGUGGAACGUCAUGGAGAACGUGAAGGCGCCGUACUCGGAGCUGCAUGACCUCAAGAUCUACGACAGCAUGUACGACCGGUGCGGGAUGCCGAUCGAUCCCCUGGACGUGGACAACUGCUACAAGAUACUGCGGAUGAUGUUCAUGGGGCCGGUGCUGGUGCCCGACCAGAAGACCUACCUGAUGGGGAUGCUCCGGAAGCUGAACGACCACGCCAUCUGCCCGGUGGAUCUGGACUUUCUGCUGCCGGUCCUCGGGGAGGUCCAGCUGGAGGAGCUGGUGUGCGCCAUCAUCGACCAGAAUGCGCGGGCCAAGCGCUUCCACAGUGGCCGCAACUGCUCCGACCUGUGCAAGCUCUACUACAAGGUGGUAUCCACCGACAAGGAGGACGUCAUCCGGAAGCGCCGACGGACCAAAGCCAAAGCUAAAGCCAAGCCCACCGACCAGGAGGACGACGACAAGAAAAAGGCGCCACGCGUCUCCAAGCCCCCGCCACCCGUCCAGGUCUUCUGCACUCGCCGGCCGCCGGAGCCGGUGGUGGAGGACGUCAGUGUCCGGGCGGAGAGCUCCACGCCGCAGAUCCGGAGCACGGCCAGCUCGCUGCGCCGCUCCUCGGCGAGGAAGAACUGGCCGACACGGUUCAGCCAGGACAAUAGCAAGGGGGCCUCGCGCCGGGAAUCGCGCAUCUCCGGAGGCGCUCCCAAGCGCCUCUACCUGGAGGAGCACAACGUCCAGGGCGGAGACCACAGACAGUGGAGCAGUGCCUCCUACCUGAAGCUAUUGACUCCCAGCUCGUAG